AUGACGAAGAAGGUUCCCACUCCAGUACCAGCGCGCCACGUUCUCUGGCUCGGCUGGAAACUGGUAAUCCUCCUCUCCGUCGCCCUCUGCUUCGUCGCUCUCCUCCGCCUCCAUUUCUCUCCCGACCUCUCUUCCCCGAACUCUUUGUCUCGUCCCGCCCGCGUGAGAUCUCGAAUCUCUGGCGGUAGCUUAGACGGUAUCCCUAAGAUCGCCUUCCUCUUUCUGGCCCGCCUCAACCUCCCUCUCGAUUUUCUCUGGGGCAGUUUCUUCGAGAAUGCCGACGCGACCAAUUUCUCCAUUUAUAUACACUCGGCUCCUGGCUUCGUGUUCGACCAGUCGACUACGCGGUCGGUUUUCUUUUACGAUCGGCAAUUGACUAAUAGCAUUCAGGUGAUAUGGGGAGAAUCAAGUAUGAUAGAAGCUGAAAGAUUAUUGCUUGAAGCUGCUCUUGAGGAUCCAGCAAAUCAAAGAUUUGUUCUUCUCUCUGACAGUUGUGUUCCUCUGUACAACUUCAGCUAUAUAUACAGUUAUAUGAUGUCUUCUUCUAGGAGUUUCGUGGACAGCUUUCUUGAUGUAAAGGAUGGGCGUUACCACCCAAAAAUGUCUCCUGUUAUACUGAAAGAGAAGUGGCGAAAAGGAUCUCAGUGGAUCUCUUUGAUAAGGAGUCAUGCAGAAGUCAUUGUAGAUGAUGAGGUUGUUCUUCCAGUCUUUAAGAAAUUCUGCAAGCGACGCCCUCCUAUGGACACUGGUAAAGGAAAGCUGAAUAUUAAACUUCAAAAGCAGCACAAUUGUAUCCCAGAUGAACAUUAUGUGCAGACAUUGUUUGCGAUGAGUGAGCUUGAAGGUGAACUAGAACGAAGAACACUGACCUAUACGCUGUGGAAUCAGUCUGCUGCAAAAAUGGAUAACAAAGCUUGGCAUCCUGUUAUGUUCAACUAUGCAGAUGCAAGCCCUAAAAAAAUCAAGGAAAUAAAGGAUAUCAACCAUGUGUACUAUGAGAGUGAAUUCCGGACAGAAUGGUGUCAAACUAACUCUACAUCUGUUCCCUGCUUUUUAUUUGCAAGGAAGUUCUCCCGAGGAGCUGCCAUGCGCCUCUUGAGCGAAGGGGUGGUUGGCCCCUUCGAAGCCUCUGCAUUAUUAGGCAAUUCCUCAUGAUCUGCAAUCACAAUUUCUCGAACAACUCUAUACUCUGAGCUCAUCCACUUCUAAAAAGAAAUUUGGGUGGCAAGCAGACUGCCUGCUAAAGUUUUGCUGAUAUACCACACUAUCAUAUACGCAGAAUAGUUUUUAGUUCAAAACAGAAUAUCAUGACUCAGAUAAUGCUGUUUGACUAAGAAGAUAAAGAGUUGGAAGAACAGAGAUAUUGCAGGAGUAGGAUACACCAUUGCUGGAGUAGUAUCAUAAUCCUAUUAAAUGAUUGGAGAAGUGUGAUUGAUCAGACUGUUCACAUGCUAGGAAAAGUUUGACAGUUCUAUGACAUCUUCUAUAAUCAUUUUUAGUGUAACAACUCCAUAAUUACAAUGUUUAUAGAUAUUCCAAAGGAACAGCACCAGUAUUUGGCCUAUCUAAAUAUUAGCUAGUCAUGUUCUAGCAUGACUUAAAACUUUACACUUAUUUUGGGAUUGAAUGCCACUGUUUAUCGUUUGUUUUCUUAGUUCA